AUGGGACAAUCCCAUCCCGGAGGAGUCGAGCACCGCUCCCGAGAAGAAAUAGCAGCUGAACUGGCCGAGAAGUUUGCUCGGAAAUGUUUCGAACCCUUAGAGCUCUACUCCUUCAAGGACAACUUCAAAUCGCUGGCCGAUCAUGAGCAGGACGUACGAUAUCUCAAAGAGGACACGAUCGCCCGAUUUCUCGAGCUCCCGGACAUUCUUGGUGUCUCUCCCGUCAUAUUUCAGAUGGUCUCAUACAUCGGUGCUUUCCCAUUCCUCGCCGACGCCCCGGCCGUCCUUGGUUUCGAGCAGAUGAUCAACGUUGUCGCGAUCAUGACGGAGAGAUAUACCAAGAUAUUAGCGAAAGGCGAUGCCACGCGGAGGAAGCUCCUCUUCAAGAGCUUGGCAGUGUAUGAUCGCAAAGUGUCUGAGAUCGAGAGGCGGCAGAGGGCGGAAUCUGCCGGCGAGGCAGCUUCACAUGCACAGGGCUUUGCGGUUGACGAAGCGGGCGACGAAUUGGAAGAGGAUGCGGCAGAUGACGAUGAGUUGGUCCUUGCUGCCCUGGAUUCGCUCGACCUCGUUGACGCAUUCAAGACUGGCGAUAUGCACGCCGCGACUACGCACGGCGCCAUGAUCCCAGCUGACAACUUCCGGCGAUUAUUGAUGUUGCUCAUUCUCAUCGCACCGAUGGAGGUCAAGCAGAAUCUAUCCACCUAUGCUCCACGUGUUGCGGGCGAGGAAUUGGAAAGCUUGCGUGCGACAGCAGAGAACAUCCUAUCGGCGUUUCUGAAUGUGGAGAAAUCUCCCGGCAUCACAUUUGCGCAAUUCAAUGCAGUCAUCCCUCUCAACUUUCCAUACUUAUUCAACGGAUUCAAUGCUCUCUUUGAGCAUUUUCUUUUCUCCAAGAAUUUGGACCUCUCCAAACGCAAGAAUAGUGCUCCAAGGAUCGACGAGCAUGUCAUACCGCCGCCACCUCUCUUACACGACAAAGGCCGUAUUCUGAACUUGAACGUUCUUUCUCAGCUGUCUUUUUUUAUACCUGGAAACGAGCUAUUUCGUCGGUUACGUCUGCUGUAUUCUGGGGCCGACGCUGGUUUUUCUAUGGGCAGCUUUGAAACCAAGGUAUUCAACUGGCGAGCCCCUACUAUACUCCUAGUUUCGGGUACGAGGCUUGGAGAUCCGAGUGAGAGCAGCGGGUCCAAGUCCAACUUUCUGGAGUCAAUACCGCCAAAGCGCUUUCCGAAUGGCAAUUCGUCAGGCCAAGAUCGAGUCACAUUUGGAGCUCUCGUCCGUCAACCUUGGCGCCAUACUAAUAAGGAGUGUUUCGGUGGCGAUGACAUGAUAUUGUUCCAAUUAGGCCCCACGCAUGAUGUAUUCACCACUUCGGCCAUCAAUAAGGACUAUGUCACGUUUUUAAAACCUCCGGUCACCCACCCUGGUAUCACAAUUGGCUGUUCACCGCCCAAGUCAGGUCAAGCCUCACGGCACGAGACGCUGAGACCCUUAGGUCCAGUAUCUCUGGUGAUCGACUCAAGCUUCGAGUUCGGUGUCUUCACGCACAAUUAUACUUCCAGGGGUGGUGCUUUCUCCACAAGCGUCACCAGGAAGUUCGACUUCCAGGAGAGGUUUCAAAUCGAUGACAUCGAAGUCUGGGGAUGCGGCGGCGACGUCGAGGCUAAGAUACAGAGAGAGAGAUGGGAGUGGGAGGCCAGAGAGGCGGAAGCAAGGAGGCGCAUCAACCUGGGCACAGGGGACGUAGCCGCAGAUCGUGCAUUGUUAGAAAUGGCUGGCUUGGUUGGGUCUAAUAGAAGUGGUGGCUCCAUGGCUUGA